GAUAAACACCUCACCAAAUGUCUCUUCCUUCCCUUUUUUAACACUGGUUGAAUUUUUAGGUUUUUAAAAACUGAAUUAACUUUUUUUAAAAAAUACUAUAACUAUGUAACAAGAUGUCUCUGUUGUAACAAGGAAAAAUCUUCCCUGAACGUAGUCGGUAGAAUUUUUAAAAACUCAGAUUUCACUUGGAGCACAACAGAAAAUGUAAUGAAACUAACUUAAACAAAACCAAGUGACUGACUGUAAACAAAGGUAUUGUACAGCAUACCUUUUAAUUUAGUUCAACAUUAAGCAACUUCUUUUCUCUGCCUGCUGACCCAUAAAUAAAAGAUAGUUACAGGAAUUAGUGAAGUGGGUUGCAUGCAUGGAAGUUUCACAAUUUGGAGUUGAGACCUAAUGAUGUGUAAUUGUCUUUAUUGUUAUGUAAUAUAGGGAGUUAAACUGCAUGAAGAACAAAGAGGACAAAUGCAAAAUAGAGUAUUCAGUGAUAUGUAAUGGUAUGAAGUGAAAGCAAACAUGCUAAGCACUGUAUAUUCUAAAGUAUAAAUGCAGUAUUAUGACUUAUUAUCUGUUACGUACAUGUAUCCCAUUAAUAAAGGAUACAAAAUGUUUUUGUUAUUAAAUAGUAAUGCUGCAAAGGCAGGUAGCCCUUACACCACAUAGGUUCAAGGUUAAUACUGCCCCCAGCAUUAUAAUGACAGAUUGGAAAUAAAAACCUUAAUGUAUUUGUGAUUAGCAUAUGUUUCCCUUGGCUGAAAGGUUUAGGAGGCCCACGGACCCUUCAGUUCAUAACCUUUGCAUUUAAAAACAAAUAAAUAAAAUGCUUGUUAAAUUGCUGGGUCUCAGAGCUAUUUUUCUUGAGGAGCUCCAUCUUUUGAGUAAAGAAUUGUCUGAAUGCUGUGUUCUGGUAAUACAUUAUGGUACUCUGUCACUGGGAACUCACCAGGCGGUGAUAUAUUAGCACAAUACAUCAGCCCGCAUGGCUUUGAUGUAUUAAUCAUCAGGAUAAUGUUGGCAAGCAUUGUGUAAAAGCUGUAUGUUUAAAAAGUGUUAAGAUGAAUUGAGUCCUUAAGACAUGUGAAAAGAAGAAGAAUAGCAGAGGGACUCUGCAAGCCUCCCAAAGCUGUUAAAUACUCUAUAGUGCAAAGAGGUAGAUGGAAUUUCAUCUUUCCAUUCACUCCUGAUAGCAAAGCAUAUAGCACAGUUUUUACCUUUCUCAGGAAAAGCAAGUUGCAUUAAGCCAUAUUUUGUGAUAGCAUGUUCUGUCAUUUUAAAAGUACAGUUGGGCUGUCCCAGGGCACAGCUUGAGCAAGAGGUACAAGCUGAGCUUGCUUAAAACACUUUCUCAAUAUGCUUUCUUCUUUCAGGAGUGAUUUAGUAAGGAAAUAUUUUCCCAAAACAGGCAUGUCAAAGCUGGGAGAAUCUAGAAAAUGAAUCUGUGUUAGAAAUUGCAGCUGAGCUACUGCUGCAACAUCAAUAGUUUUUUAGUUAUUCCUUUCAUGACUCGUAGAAGGUAGAAAUGGAAAAGACCUCUUGGAUCAUCCAGUCCAUCUCCUUGCCAGAGCAGGACUGUUCCAUUCAGUAAAAUUUCUAGUGUUGUUUCCACUCCAAGUGUUGCUUCCCAUAUUUCCCUGGGAAAAAUUUUUCACAGGUUAAGAAAUGUGUAGAAAUCUAUAUUUCUAAACUUUAUUUUAGUAAAAAAUUAUCUAAAUAUAAACUAAAAUUACACAGUAAAAAAAUCUAUAUAAGGUAUUCCUGUGGCUCCUAUUACUGUAGUACUGGAGUACCUUGCAAUUUUUAAUGUAUUUAUCUUCAAAGCACCCUUUGUGAGGUAGGGAAGUACUAUUUUAUCCCCAUCUUAUGGAUGGGGAACCAAGGCAUAGAAAGACUGUUGAUCUCAUCUGGUAUGGUAUUUCCUUCAUUGGAAAUUGCUGCUUUUAAAACUUGAUGCAUAGAUUUUAGAAAAUGCUGCUGAGGUUCUGUGUUGUGGAUGAGAUAUAUAUUUAUUUAUUUUCAAAUUAAGAUCUUAAAAUGAUGUCAUCAGUGGUUAUAACUGCCACAAUCAAUCUGCUAAGGUCAAGGUCAUGUAGGGACUUGUCAGUAUAAAUAAAACAGUUAUCCAGCUAGCAACAAGAAAUAUUUUGGCUGUCUGGUAAAGUGUACCCACCAAUGCCAAGUGACAAUACUGUCAUGUGACUCAUGCUUGACAAUGAUCUUGCACUGCAGACUGCUUAAUAAUUUUCAUUAUUUUUAAUUAAAGUUGAAGAAGUGCAGACUCCAGCUCGAAAUAAGGUUGGUUAUUUUGCCGGAAUAAGGUAAUUACUUUAAUUGAUCACAAGAUAGUUUCCUUGAUCACCAAUUAGACCAAAUUACCGAUCAUGUUUCAAGACGUGAAGAAAUGUCCAAACUGAUUGUGUAAUAGUGUUUUCAUAUCUAAUCAAACCUAAAUAUCUUUUCCUCCGGAGCCAAUUGUAUUUUGUAAAAGGUGGUUAUGGGCCUACAAACAUAAAGGUGAUCCAUAAACAAUAGAGUUCUAAUUUAUGUAAUUAGAAAAGGAUGUAUUUAGGGGCUUAAUGGAGAUUGCACUGGUGAAAUUACUCAGCAGAGCUGCUGCUCAUUUUCUUAGUGGGAGAUGUGUGCUCUUUUGUGCAUAAUUAAAAUAGGCUAUAAUCAAAAUAGAAAAAGUAGUUUAUUUUAGUAACGUGGAGCAGAGAAGAUUGCUUUGGGUAAAGCAGGAUUAUAUAUGUAUCUAUGUACAUACUCCUAAGUAUAUAUAAUUGCACACACACAUGACAUAUGUAUAAAAUCAUGGUUAUGGGAUCCUUUUAGCUCUGAAACAUCCAAACCCCUCUGCUGUGUAGUUAUGUCCUACUAGAAUACUCUUUACAAUCUGUUCCCAGGAUUGAGCUCAUAGGAAAGGACAACAGGAUGCUCUCCAUGGAGGGCCCAGUGCUUAGGAUUUCAUUCCCUCUUGUAGUUGAUGAAAACCUGAGUUUCGCUACCUUCAGGAUAAAGUGCAACUUUAAGAUGACUUUCCAUUUUUAGCAGUAGUGGUGGUUGGGGACAUCAAGGUCUGCUAACUGGUGAUUUCUGGUCAAGUCAGUGAUGGUGGGGGGCAGGGCACAGGGAAUGCUUUGGUAAAGUUUAAUGGUCAUGAUAUUUGGUCACUGAUUAAUUUUUCUUUAAUGUUUUUUCCAUUUGAACCUAGAGCGAGCAGUGAUGGUUAUGCAAUAAAAUAAAAAUAUCCAUGGAAAAAUUAUAUGUAUGUACAGGUGUGCACACACCCACCUGUGUGUGUGUCUGUACAUAGAUAUAGAUACUGGUAGUGCAUAAAUGGAUUUGGUCAGAUUAUUCAUGAAUUUCCUCCAGUUUUCCCUGCGCUGCCCUGAUGAUAUAAAGGCAAUCUAGUUUCAGAUGCCUUUCUGACUGCAGCCAUGGCUUUUAAACUACCCUUUGGGGGCAAUUCUGUAUAUAAUUUGGUAUGGUCUUGUAAAUAAAGAUGUUAAGGCAAUGGGUAUUUUAAAAAAUAAAAUGUAAAUCUUAGAAUUUUUAAUGAAGCUGGGUAUUCCAACUUAUCCCUGAUGUCUAGUGCUGAGUUUACUGCUUUAUGCUUUGAAGAAUCUUGUUGCGAUGCUUGAAAUUUUUGAAACGUAAUUGUUCACUCCAAGUAAAAUUAAACAAACUAGAGCUUCAAGGGAAGUUAGUGUUCCCAAUUUUUUUGAAUGUUCUUGGGUCAAAGAAAAAAGCUUUUUAAUUGCUGACAGUUUGGUGGUUUCCAAAUGACAAACCUCAUUGGAAUAAUUUGCUCUGAUUGUAACGUUUGCAUUCAUCUGACUGGCAAAGUGACUUACAAAGUCAUACUUCAUCCGGGCACUGAUUCUUUUUCUUAAAAUGUUUGUAAUUUGUGAGAGAAAAAAAGACUGAAACUAUUAUCAGCCAUUAUGUUAUUUAUUGACCACAUGUUUGUUUGCAAUGGCCAUUGCUUGAUGGACCAUAUACAGGCUAGUCUAUAAAUUAGUGCUAAAAAUGACCUAAACAGGUAGGUCUAUGUCAAGAUACUAACUUAUGGCAAGUAUUUUAAUAUGAACCAGACUACAUACGUGGAUAGGGGCUUUUUGCUUUGCAGUUUUAAUUUAGGCCCUGAUUCCCCUGGAUGGACUCCUACAUCUGUGCAGAGAUCUGGGCAGACAUAGGGGCUUACCUAUGUGGGUCCUAUCAUAGAGUGAGUCCUUGAUUUGCAUGGAGUUUUUUUUUUUUUUUUUUUUUUUUUUUUUAAUAAUCCAGAGAUUUUCUGCAAAUAUUUUUGGCAAGGGUCUCCCACAACUUUUACUCUUUGAGCCUGUGAUUUAAAUCCUGUAUUGCAGGGGAGUGUGCAGAGAAGAGGGUGGGAAUCUGGAAAGUCUGUAUUCUCUCAUUUAAACCAAAACAUUUUCUUAUAAAGGAGAGGAGUGACCUCACGUGGCCAACCUCCCUCCACUCCACUCCCGUCCAAAACAAAACAAAAAUGCUUACAUUCAGGGAGAGUCACUGGAAAUGAACUCUGUUCCUGAAAAAUACAUUGUGUAUAUUGAUAGUAGCAGAGUGUUUAACUUGUGUAAUUUCAAAUGACUGGUGGAGGAAAGGUGGGGUGAAGAUCUAAGGGCAUAGAGGUAUCUGACUUUUAUUUAAGGGUGAAUACUUAAAAAUAUCUGAUACCUGUUGUACACCAUAGGCAAAAUAAUUGUUCUUCAUCAGUAUCUUUGGAUAAGUCAUUUUGGACAGAAUGAUCGACUAGUAUCCAAAGAGAGGGAGAAUUCUAUCAGCAACAGGAAAAUGACCACAAACCCUUUAGGCUUUUGGAUUUAUGACACGAGUCGCUCUGCAAGCAGAAAAGAUGAAUCAUCAUCCCGAAUGGUUUAAUGUGUACAACAAGGUUCAGAUAACUCUUAUUUCCCAUGAUUGUGGAGGACUGACCAAAAGAGAUGUGAAACUGGCUCAGUUUAUUGACAAGGCUGCUGCUUCUGUGUAAUAACUGAAUGUUGAAAAUAGCAUUGCCUUCACACUGUUUUAUAUUUGAACUUUAUCAUUCAUUCAGUGAAGGGUUCUACAUUCUAAAUUGCUGCUGCCCCUUGUAGUAUAAAAUGAUUUGUAAUAAGACUAGUUUAGCAGCAGCAUUUAAAAAAAACAAAACUCAUCAACCUUAGUCUGAGAAAACUGCCAAAUGCUUAUACUUACCAUUACUGCUCACACAUACAAUACAUCAGACAAAGCAACAAAGGUAAUUUUGAACAAUCCUUCCUUAGACAUUAAAAUAGAAUUUUCACAUUAAAAACCCAAACAAGAAAUGUGAUUCACCAUUAUUUCACAAUGGAUAAAAGCCAGAACGACUGCUGGAAUCCUUCCAGAGUGAUGAGGAUUCUUCAAGCCCAUAGCCUAGUAACUCUGCAGUGAGUAAUAGGACUGGGGUACUGCCAAGUGGGCAUGCCUUGUUCUUGAUCCCAGCCAGCAGGACAUUUGGUAGCUUUCUUUUUCUCUAACUUUUAUAUGUAGACACCAAUAGUGGUGAGGUGCUUUUCAGACCUGUCACCUUCCCAAUAGCAGGAUAUUGAGGGCUUGAUCCUGCAAGCUGCUGAGUACCCUGGCCUUUAUCUGUCAAAGCGCUUAAGAACAUAUUGAACUUUAAGUGCAUGAAUAGUCCUGCUGAAGUCACUGGAAAUACUCAUGUACUUAGGUGGAGUGCUUCAAUAUUUUGAUGGAUUGGGGCCAGAGAACUCAGUAUGAGUCCUUAUUUUGCAAUAGCAUUCUCAUGUUUUAUUAAAGCCCAUCUGUAGGAAAGGGGAGUGUGGACUAAGCCAGGUUUCCGUCACACCAAUAAGAGCUGCCAGCAGUAAAGGAAGCAACGUUAGCAGGGUUCUCUUGAUAAGGUGGGCAGGGCUAAUCUAAAGUUAUGGUGACCCAUUUUCUUAUAGUUAAAAUAAUUUGUUUGUAAAUCUUGUUCUAAGAGCUACAGAUCCUACCAGCUAGGUUUAAAAUCCAUUUCUCACAACAUCCCAAGGUUAUAAAGUCUAUGGCCUUUAUUCUCACUCAGACAAAAUUCCCACUGAUAGCAGUGGGAGUUCUGCUCAUGUAAGUACGUCAAGAACAGGCCCCUCUCUGCAGUACUACGUGUACUCAACAUGCACAAUCAAGCCUUUCUAAUAAUUAUGUUGCUGCUUAACUACCAGGUUGAUUGGCACCUUAUAAAUGCCUAGAUACAUAGACAGAAUGACACCAGAGGCACAAUUACUAACUACUAAGAAACUAGAUCUGUAUUGAUUCAUGUCAUUGUCAAACUUUUUGUACAUAUUAGAUUUAUGCUGUCCCGAUACUUUCUGGCUGCAGUGCAGUAGCUGCCAUCCAAAUAUUCCCAUCAAUAAAUUUGUAAAAUAUGAAGCACAAAAUAAUUAACAUAUGCUGUAACAUGUACUAUAGACAAUUGUUGAUUGGUAAGAUUUUUGAACCAAGAAGUUUUUUAACUUAGCAUCCAUAGGCUACCAAGUUAAAAGUAAAGGGAACCAGUCUAGGUUUUAUCCUCGCAAAUGCCCAUCCUUUAAAAUCUGUUUGUAUUUUUAUGAAACUAAGGAUUUCUUUGACAUGAUUUUAAAGUGAUCACUGCAGCAGGGAAUUACUUGAAAAAAUAACUGGUGUCUUGUGUUUCCCACGGAUAAAUAAAUCUGGUCCUGAAGGUUUGACAAUGCCUCUCUAAUAAGUUCUGAAAACUAUUUUUGUUUUUUUGGAAAGGAGAUAUUAUGGGAAAGCUUUGGAUAAGAACAAUAAAAUCUAAUUCCUCCUCUA